AUGACAGAUUCAUUACAACCUUCUCAAAAGACUCUAACGAUAGAUGAUAUAAUAGAAGACAGUCUUGAGAGUUUUGGUUGGGCUCAAGCAUUCCAUUCUAUCCUUGUUGCUUUUGCAUCAUUGUUUGAUGCACGAAAUUCCUUCAUCAGUGUCUUCACCGGUGCCCAACCAACUUGUCAUUGCAUCGACAAUACACUAUGCAAUUCAAGCUCUAAUAUAUGUGAAAUUCCCAAGUUUGCAUGGGCAUGGAGUGAUCAUGCUUCAAAGACAAUCAUUUCAGACUGGAUGCUUCAGUGUUCCAGUUCAUUCAUCCAAGGUUUACCAGUAUCUUCUCACUACACGGGAUGCAUGCUAGGUGGGAUCUUGUUGGCAAUGUAUGCUGACUCCUUCCUUGGUAGGAAGAAGUUGUUAUUUGUUUCUUGGCUAAUAAUGUCAGUAACUGGAAUUCUUACAGCAUUCUCCAGUAAUAUCUGGACGUACGUCAUAAUGAGAUUUUUCUCAGGACUUGGAAGAGUUGGAAUUCUCGACUACUUGUUCUUCUCAUAUGGAACACUCUCCUCACCAGUUUUAGCCUUUUCAACUAGAAGAUGUUCUUGGAGAGUGCUUUAUCGUUGUACUGGAAUUCCAGUAUUUGUUUAUUGUGUCAUAGCUUAUCAUCUUGUUGUUGAAUCAACAAGGUGGCUAUUCAUGGGAGGCUAUACAGAAGAAGCAAUCACAGCUUUAAGACAAAUUUCUCAAAAGACUGAUUGGACGUUAAUAAAUUUAGGCCAGCUACCACCACUUCAAAGGGAAAAUACCAUUAGUAAUUUUAACUUUUCAAUUAAAAUUCUCUUUAAGAGAAGAUGGUUAGACUUUAGCUUGUAUUUGAGUGCCAUGUUCAACGGUUUAACGGAAAUGCCUUUGCUUUUAAUCACCUUUUUCCUACUCAAGAAAUGCAAUAGGAUGAGCUCCUUGCUAUCAUCAUCUAUCAUAGGAGGCAUCGGUUGUAUCUUAACAUGGUUGGUUGGUACAGGACAAAGGGUCCCUCAACUCAUGCUAGAGCUUUGCUCCUUCUUUGGGAUUUACAUUGCCUAUGGCAUCCUACUCGUUCAUAGCAUCGAGUUGUUCCCGACAUGUGUGCGCAAUUUUGCCACAAUGGCCGUGGGGCAAGCCAUUGUCCUAGGAGGAGUGGUUUGUCCUGUCUUAAUUUCUGUUGCAAAGGAAAACCACUUCUUUUCUUAUGGCUUGUUUGGAUGCAUCGUGCUUUUUCCUGGCCUGUUUGUGUUGUGCCUACCCGAGACCAAAGGUAAAUCGCUCUAUGAUUCAAUGGAAGAUCAAGAACGGAAUGAAAGCAGGGGGUUAAUCAACCUCGUGAAUCUCACUGGCUCAUACGUUUGA